AUAGCGACAUCUAUAGUUGAGAGAAUUAACUUUUUCCAUUUUAUUCUUUUCCGUUUCCGAUUGGAUUUUGUGUUUUUGUUACUUUACAUUUUCUGGCUUAACAAAUUGUGUUUUGUUUUAAUUACUGUUAAUUUAAUAAUUGAUUAAAUUCAAAGAUGACUAACACUAAGGGUUAUCGCCGUGGUACCAGGUACACUUUUGCCCGUAAAUUCAGAAGGCGAGGAGCUGAACAUCUUUCAACCUUUUUGAAGGUUUACAAGCGAGGUGACAUUGUCGAUAUCAAAGGUAAUGGUGCUUUCCACAAGGGAAUGCCUUUCAAAUUUUACCAUGGGAAAACUGGACGUGUUUUCAAUGUAACUCAACAUGCUCUUGGUGUGGUUGUUAACAAGCGAGUUCGCAAUCGAAUUAUCCCUAAAAAGAUUAACAUUAGGAUUGAACAUGUUUCUCAUUCCAAGUGUCGACAAGAUUUUCUAACACGUGUUAAGGAAAACGAGGAACUCAAAAAGUUCGCCAAGGAAAAAGGAGUUAAACGACCAAACCUUAAGCGACAACCGAUUGGACCCAGAGAAGGACAUUUUGUUAGGGUCACUCGUGUAAACAAGCCUGUCAGUUUAUCUCCAUUAGCUUAUGAGUUGGUUGCUUAAUUAAUUAUUAAACUAAACAUCUAAAUAAUAAUAAACCACUUGUCAAAACUA